CCCGGAAGUGCGGUGACGUUAUUUUAACUCUGGAAAAGUGACCCAUCAUCCAAAUAAAAGGUGGCCUCCUCAGCUCUGUUUUGAUGGAGAAGUAGGAGCAGACAGGCUCAUCAGCUGAGGGACCAUGGACACCUUGUCCAGCCACAGCUCCUACCUCCUGCAGCAGCUGCAGGAGCAGAGGAUUCAGGGUCUGCUCUGUGACUGCAUGCUGGUGGUCAAAGGUGUCUGCUUCAAAGCCCACAAAAAUGUCCUGGCAGCUUUCAGCUCCUAUUUCAGGUCUUUAUUCCAAAAUUCCCCCAGUCAGAAGAAUGAGGUGUUCAACUUGGUCAUCCAGGAUGUCGGCGGCAUCGGCCAAAUAUUGGACUACAUGUACACCUCGCAUCUUGACAUAAACCAAGAUAAUGUCCAAGCACUCCUGGACAUCGCUCACAGUUUGCAGGUUCCAAAUGUUCAGAGCAUGUGUAACGCUUUCCUCAGGCCUUGUCCUCCACCGGUGGAAAUCCCGUCAUUUUCUCUUCCGGGCAUGCUGGGCUCUGAGCACGACUGCCUCUUGGGGAGCAGUCUUUCUCAGGAUGUUGACCUCCACUGUCCUCCUGAAACCCAGAGGCCUAGCUUCAGUGGUGAGAUGGACCAAGCCAAAAGGAUGCCUGUUUCUGUGCCUAAUAGCAGCUCAAACUGUGACACAAUUAGCAACACUCAGGCACCUGUAGAAAAACAGCUUGUGCACGGCUACAAGCUCCGUAACUUCUACAGUAAGCAGUACUUCAAACAAAGUGCACUGCAGACAAAUAGUGCAGCUUUAAAUCAAGGCCCAGGUCCUUUGGUUCUGGUGGGAGAGCAGCAGUGUCAUCUCGGGGUCAGCCAGGGAGGCAGCCACACUCCUGUUUGUUUAGGAAACACAGUUCAGCCCAAUCCUCCCAGCACAUCUGUGGCAGUUGAGAAGAAUCCCGUCUCUUCUUUAACACCCUCAGAUAAUUUAAACACCCCCAACUCUAACUCGGCAGACUCCAUGCUCAACAAGCCAGUUCGUCCCAAGAAGGCUGUGUACCUGAAGAAGUACAACUACCUCCGGUCUCAGAAGGCUCUGGAGGAGAUGUUUGCCGAAUCAGUCACUGAACCUGUCCUCAGCUGUCCCAAAGAGAGUCAUCAAGAAGAGUCUGUUGUCCAGAGUGAAGCGUCAGAACCUCCUGCUGAGGUUCUAAACGCAGACAGCGAGCAGGUUACAGAGACAGCUACAGAUGUUCAACUUCCCAGUCCUCCGCCUGUGAACCAAGAAGAGCAAAAUCUGCCAACUGUGCCAGAGCCACCGCAGCAGAUAGGAAACAAGCAGUAUUGUUGUGAGGUGUGCGGGAAGAUCUUCAAACACCCCAGCAACCUGGAGAUGCACAAGCGCUCACACACUGGUGAAAAGCCCUUUCAGUGCAAUGUUUGUGGGAGAAACUUCUCACAGGCUGGAAAUUUACAGACACAUUUGCGGCGACAUUCUGGAGAGAAACCAUACAUUUGCGAGUUAUGUGGUAAAAGCUUUACUGCAUCAGGGGAUGUCCACCGUCACAAAAUGGUCCACACAGGAGAGAAGCCACAUUUGUGUGAUAUUUGUGGUCGAGGAUUUAACAACCUGAGUAACCUCAAGGAGCACAAGAGGACUCACGCCACAGACAAGACAUUCACAUGUGACCAGUGUGGGAAAUCCUUUAACACACACAGGAAGCUUGUGAAGCACAAGGCCCGCCACACUGGGGAAAAACCCCACAGCUGUGCCACCUGUGGGAAGAGCUUCAUCGGUUCAGGGGACCUGCAGCGUCACAUAAGGUCACACACUGGUGAGAAACCCUACACCUGUAACGCCUGUGGAAAGAGUUUCAACCGCUCUGCCAUGUUGAGGAUACACAGCAACAUGCACUGCAAGGGGGCUCCAGCUGUCGCGCCGGUUACCGACAACUCUGACACAACACAAAGCUCAGACGCCUCAUUCCCCAAACCUGUCAGCCACAGUAAACCUCCUGCCACAACCAGUGAGCAGAAUUUCCCCAGCAUGAUGUCCCAUGCAGGGUUAGAGAAACCCUCACCACCUACUCCCUCACCACCGCAACCAUCACCCCAUAUUGAGACUCCACCUCCAAGCAUGCACCUCAGCCCAGCUUCUACCCCCACCACCCUUCCAGAGCUGCGCUCACUGGUCCCCCAUCACCUCCUCUCCUCCAAUCACCAGGAGAGAAGUGCAGCCCUGACCGCCACAGACCACAUGAAGCUUUCCAAACCCCACCUGUCUCAGGAGGCUGUGUACGGUCCGUACAUGGAGGAUGGGAAUAUGUCAGUGGAGAUGGGCAGAGGUCCGGUGGGGAGGCCCUACCUUCCACCCACAGACAAUCACUGCAGUUCCCUCUCUUCUUCUAGCAGGCCCAGCAGUGGGUCCUACAGGUCCAAUGAAGGCCAGUUCAUCUCCAGUGUAACUCUGUGGGGCCUGACAAUUAAAACUCUGCAGAAUGACGACAUGGAGCAGUAAAAUGUUCCAUCUUAUAAAGAUAUUAGAUAAACACAUCUGCUAAUGCAGAAGGUGUGUAUUUUUCACUGAUGUUAUUUUAUUUUGAUUGUUACCACUUGACGAAAAUGCUGGGCUCCUGUGGUGAAGCAAAGAUGAAAUAGUAAUAAUGUAAAGUAUUUAUAAGUGGAAAUGUUGUAUUUAUGUGUUUAGAGUUUUCACCAUUACUCAGUAUCAAAGUAAGUGCUUCCUAGUUUCUUAAAUUAAAGGAAUCAUAAAUCUGAGAAAAUCAUGACAAUUGCUGCUCUUAAGACUUCCAAGGUUUACACCCCAGUGAGUGAUAUCACAGCAGAUUUCUUCUAUUAGAUGUUAUCAACGGUAUCAAUCUUAGAGGAUAUCAGAGCCCAUAGAGAGCAGUGCAGUAACAGUAUUUUGACCUCUGUGAUUCAGUGUGGAUUUACUCCUUAAGGUUCCAACUGUUCAAAUGUCCCAGAAUGAAUCUCAGCUAAUAAAAGUGUCACUUUCACUUUGUACAUACUGCACUUUAAAACAUACACAUGCAGAGAUAUUUCAACUAUCAGUGUCAAAUGGGGGUGUAUUAUAUAAAUAUAACAACAAAAGAAGUACAUAAGAUGUUAUGUUUUUGUCUCUGUUAUUUAAUAUACAUUUCUUAUACGAUAUGCUUACACUGCAGCAUAAGAGUUGUCUACAGGGUUCCUACAGCUUAGGGCAAGUUAGAUAUCCUGUUUUUCACCACUCGAAAUAAAAUUUAAAC